CUGUGGGAAAGCAGGGGUUUAAAUUUCCCAGGCGAUGCAGGAGGAGCGGUGGUGCUGAUUCCCCCACCUCCCUUGUUCUUUUUAGGAAAGAUCAGGAAGCUUAAACUUCCCUUCCAAACCGCUUGCAUGUCUGCACACCCAGCAGCUUCGUGAGGUCAACAGCUUCACAGCCUGGGCUGGCGGAAAGAACUGGUAACUUGGGCUCGGGCGGACGUUUGACGGGAAGAAAUAAAAUGGCAGCCAAGCCGAGGGACGGAUUGGUGCUGGGUCUCCAGCCCGAGGCUGGGCCUCAACAGGGAGUGAAAACAGAGCAACCAGAUCUAGCGGUCCUUGACCCAGGAAUGGGGAACGUCCCUCACGUCUUGCAGGCCAGGAAUACCAGGGAAUUCUGGGAGAGAAACGUGCCGGGCCACGUUAAGCAGGAGCCACAGAAGGGGCUGCAGCACCCAUGGGAGGCCCAGCUGCAGGAGUUCCUCCGAGCGAUGGAGUCUUCCCACUCCGACGGAAGAAACCCGCACCAGCGGACGUUGGCAUUGCGGGACGAGGCCCACCCCGCCCUGCCUCCUUCGGUGGGAAUGGAUGGCGCCAGGCCGCAUCUGAGGGGAGAGAUGACAACCCCUCUACUGCCAGGGCCCUGCAGAGAAGCCCAACAGCCAGCUAACAGCCUCUUGGCCAAAGAGACAGGAGAGUCCGGGAAAGUCAAGGAAGAGGUCCUGGGCGAGGAGGAGAACGGCGUGGCCGCUGGCAUGGAUGCCGAGCGCCAGCGCUUCCGGCAGUUCAGCUACCGGGAGGCCGGGGGGCCUCGAGAGACUUGCAGCCGCCUCUGGGAUCUUUGCCACUGGUGGCUGAAGCCGGAGAGGCGCAGCAAGGAGCAGAUCCUAGAGCUGGUGAUCCUGGAGCAGUUCCUGGCCGUCCUGCCCUUGGAGAUGCAGAGCUGGGUCAGGAAAGGCGGGCCGGAGAGCUGCUCGCGGGCGGUGGCCUUGGCGGAAGACUUCCUGCUAAGGCAGCGGCCCGAGCAGGUGCCGGGGGUUUCCAAGGAGGGGGCUGCCAAGAUCCCUGAAGUGGAGGCAUCUCCCUUGGGUGCCUGGCCGAGGCCUCUCUUCAGAGAGAUCAAACAGGAAGGCGACAGGGAUGCGGCCUUGCUGGCAGGAGGUGGGCAGGAGCAGAACAUACAAGAAAAUCCCCGGAAACGGGAACCACACUGGCUGUUGUCAGGAAGAGGCGGGCAGAAUGCCUCUGGCUGGCCCAAUCGGGGCGAAGCAUCUGCCAGCCAGGAGGAAGCGAACCCCGAGAAAGAAGGGGACAAGUUUAUAAAUUCCCAGGGCAGGUACGUGGAAUUCGAUGGGAAUGUGGCCCAGCUCACCGUCCCUGCACCAAACGAGUCGCAGAAGCCGGGUCACGAGAGGCAGAAGUCCUGCGCCCACUGCGGGAAGGACUUCCAGCUGAAGUGCAACCUGCAGGCCCACGAGAGGACCCACACGGGCGAGAAGCCCUACAAGUGCUCCGUCUGCGGGAAGGGCUUCAGCACGAGGGCAUACCUGAUCACCCACGAAAGGAUCCACACGGGCGAGAAGCCGUACCAGUGCUCGGACUGCGGCAAGAGCUUCUGCGACAACUCCAACCUGAUAGUCCACCGGAGGACCCACACGGGCGAGAGGCCCUACAAGUGCACGGACUGCGGGAAGAGCUUCCGGGAGAGGCCGGUCCUCAUCCGGCACCAGCGGAUCCACACGGGGGAGAAGCCCUACAAAUGCAGGGACUGCGGCAAGAGCUUCAGCCAGAGCUCGGGCCUCCUGGUGCACGAGAGGACCCACACGCGAGAGAAGCCCUACACGUGCGCGGACUGCGGCAAGAGCUUCGGCGGCAACUCAAACCUCAGGGUCCACAUGAGGAUCCACACAGGGGAGAAGCCCUACAGGUGCUCGGACUGCGGGAAGGUCUUCAGCGACCGCUCGCUUCUCAUGCGGCAUCAGAGCACCCACCAAGAGGGGAAGUCCUCUUAUGGGGCGUGGGGUUGGGGGGCACCGGCGGUAGGGUCCUUUGCCCAAGUAGCAGCCCAGCAAGAGGGGUGGGGGACACGUUGCCCCGUUGAUGCCUCCUGCGUGCCCCCCUCCACCUUUUGCAAGAAGAUCCUUUGGGAGAAGCUUACUGGGAACAAAUUUGGGCCUCUUUGGCCUGCGGUGUGUGUUGCUUUGAGGUGCCCAACCACCCUUCUAAUAGUCAGCGUUGGACUAAUGGUCACCCCGGUCGCAGAUGCCCGGCUUGGCCUGAGACACAAAAUGGCCACUGAGCAAGGCAGCGCCCGCACCCCAAGCUUCCAGUUGCCGGCGGAUCCGAAGGCGGGGACGAAAAUGGCGGAGGAGGAGCAGGCCAGCUACCUUGCCGGCAGGGCUGCGGGUCCUUGCAUUCUUCAAGCCGGGAGCAUGUGGGGCCUUGAGAGAAGAGGUGGGGAAGAUACCCUGAGGGGGACCAGCAGCGUCUCCAACUCUUGGCAUCAAUAUAUCCGGCCAUUUAGUCACCACGAAGCCGAGUGGCCGCGGCAGGUUUGCCGGCAGCUCUGGGAGCUGUGCUGCCGGUGGCUGAAGCCGGAGAGACACGGCAAGGAGCAGAUUUUGGACCUGGUGGCCCUGGAAGAGUUCCUGAGGGCCUUGCCCCCAGAAAUGCAGAGCUGGGUCAGGGCGAUUGGGCCAGAGGGUGGUUCGCGAGCGGUGGCCUCGGCCGACAAUUUCCUCCCAAGGGAAAGAAGCAGUGAGGAGCAAGAAGAAGAAAAGGAGCAGGUGACUUUUGAAGAGGUGGCCGUGUAUUUCUCCAGCGCCGAGUGGAGUCUUCUGGAUGCCGGCCAAAAAGCCCUGUACAGGGAAGUUAUGCUGGAUAAUUAUGGGAACGUGGUCUCCUUGGGUAAGGACGUUGUUCAAAAAGCACAGAAUGUGGGUACUGGUUAUUGGUUUGGUUCAUCUCAAGGUGUGUUUUGGCAGCUGAAUUUCAACACCUUCCCUGCUGGGGGCAGGAUAUUCAUAAUCCACCUGACCCCACAGAUGGCACUUUCAUAUUUACAGCUCUAUGAUAGCACUUUAAACAGUCAUGGCUGCCCCCAAAGAAUUCUGGGAGCUGUAGUUCCACUUUUCUGGUGUCUGAAGAGCGCCAGUAAGGUGGAGUGGAGCCCUUUUCGAGAAGUCACAAAAAUUAAAAAGGUUGUUUUGGUGGUUUUUUGUUUUGUUUCCUCUGAAGGACUUUGGCUUCUCAAACCCGAAUUCGUCUCCUGGCUGGAUGAAGAGGAAGAAGAAAGUGAUAUAUUUGUCCAGGGAGCUGCUGAAAGAGAGGAGAGAUCAAGAGGAAGGAGUUCUUUGGCAGGGGUUGAGAAGGGGUGUGAGAAGCAGACGAAUGGCCCGGAAAGUUCUAGAGAUGUGGAACUGUGCGGUGAUGCUUUGUUGAGAAGAGCUGAGCCAGAAGAUGCGCUCGGUAGCGCAUGGGCAGAAGACGACGAGGGGCAACUGGGGAGCCGCUCGCAUGAAAGCCAAGUCCAGUUCCUUAAUUGCCUGGAAGGAUAUGGCAAGCCUGAGGAUUAUUUGGCCCAGCUGGGAAUCUUCCAGAGCGAGGGAGCUUUCGAAAGCAUGAAGGCCUUCAUGCAGAAUCCUGACCUCCUUGUCCCGAACCAAGCAAGUCUUCCGGGACGGAGGACGCACCAAUGCUUGGUGUGCGGGAAAAGGCUGGCCAGCCGAGGGAAGCUCAUCAUCCACGAAAGGACCCACACGGGAGAGAAGCCGUUUGCGUGCUCCGACUGCGGGAAGUGCUUCAGCCAGCAGGCGCACCUCAGCGGCCACCGAAGGACCCACACGGGGGAGAGGCCCUUCCAGUGCGCUGAGUGCGGAAGGAGCUUCAGCGACAGGACCUCAUUCAAGAGGCACGAGAGGAUCCACACGGGAGAGAAGCCCUACGAGUGCACAGAGUGCGGGCGCCGCUUCAGUGACUGGACGGCCGCCAGGAGGCACAUUGCGGCCCAGAUGCGCACCAAAGCCCACAAGUGCGCAGACUGCGGGAAGGGCUUCCAGAACCUGGAGGAGCUCCUGAAGCAUGAAGAGGGGCACCCGAGCGACAAGCCGUAUACGUGCUCGGUCUGCGCGCAAGGCUUCAGCAAGGCGCAGUACCUUUUCAGGCACGGCAUAACACACGUGAGGGAACGGCGUGAGCAGCAACAGCAGGACCAGAGAGGCUCCCCUCACGAAGGGGAAGCGGCCACGCAGGAAUCAUCGGUGUGCGCAAGAGAGGGGCGUGAGGGCCGAGGGUGCAGCGAAGGCUCGCUCGCCAAGUGCGCCCUGAAACGUGCUGGAGCCGGGAAGGCCUUUGGGUGCUCGGAGUGCGGGCGCAGCUUCAGCCAGAGGACCAACCUGGUGAUCCACUGGCAGACGCACACGGGGGAGAAGCCCUACGAAUGCGCCGAGUGCGCGAAAUGCUUCGGCACCCGGACAUCCUUGCGGAGGCAUCGGAGGAUCCACACGGGGGAGAAGCCCUAUCAGUGCUCGGACUGCGGGAGGUGCUACAGAGACGGGACGUCCUUCCGGCGGCACAAACUGACCCACACAGGCGAGAAGCCGCUUUCGGAAAGCUUUCCAGCUCCAGCCCAGCUCAUUAAACAGGAAGAAACCCACAUGGGGGAGAUUCUCUGGGGCAGCCCCAGUUGCAGGGAAACUCCAGCUCAACAACCGUUCAUUCCUGUAUGGAGUCUUCACCCAAACAUCAUCACCACCAUUAUUAUUGUUAUCGUCAUCAUCAUUAUUAAGAAACCAGCUCUUCACCUCGCUUUUCGCCCCGCAUAUGGGGGAGGUGAGGGCAGGGAGCCGGAACUGUUUAUGAGUGCCAGGUCUGCGAUCGUUUCCCACGUCUCUAGGAGCGGCAGCCAGGGCGGACCUGAUUGGCUGUUGCCGCUCCUUAUUUCCCUCGCGGCCACCGUAGCCCCACCCACAGCGGCCAUGUGCGAGGCGGCGCGCGAUGGUCCGGCAGACGCGGUGCGGAGCUUCUUGCGGGAGCAUCCUGCGCUGCGCCUCCUGCCUGCGGGGGACAAAGUCCGCUGCGCCCUGACCGGCCACGAGUUGCCCUGCCGGUUGCCGGAGCUCCAGGCCUACACGAAUGGCAAGAAGUACUCGCGGCUGGUCCAGGCGGCCGGGGCGCUGGACUACGGCGAGUAUGGGCCGCACAUCGUGCCCAGCACUAAAAACCCCGCGCAGCUCUUCUGCAAGCUCACCCUACGCCACAUCAACAGGAUCCCGGCGCACGUCCUCCGCCACGUGCAAGGCCGGCGCUAUCAGAAGGCGCUGAGAAGGUAUGAAGAAUGCGAGAAGGAGGGCACGAAGUACGUCCCCGCGUGCUUGCUCCGGAAGCCCCGUCCCCGGGAUGAUCCACCGGCAGGGAUCCACCGGCAGUCCGAUCGGAAGGGAUCCUGGGAGCAUCCGUCCAGCAGCGAGAGCAGCGGAACGGACGACAGCAUGAGCGACUUGUACCCGCCUGGGCUUUUCCCGGAGAAAAAUCCAGCAGCCAAGGGAAGGAGCCGCGACCGAAAGGUGGCAGAGCCAUCGGUGGAUAAAAGUGUCGCGGAGGGAGAGAGAGGGGAUCCCAUGGAGGUGGAUUUGCAAACAGGCACCAAAAGGGCAAAGAGACAAGCAGGUCCCUUGAAGAAGAAGCUCAAAACCUCCAGCCUGACGAAGAGCUCUGCUGAACCCGAAAGCGGGCGCUUUUCACACUCACCGACAUCACCUCCCACCAGCUGCCCUGCUCUCUCGGGUCCUCCAGCCAAGCCAGGGCCGGGGGGCAGGCGGAAGCCAAAACCGGGGAGACUUUGCGAGGAGCAAGAAGCCGCUGAGCACGGGCGCCCGCUGCCCCGCGCCACGAGGGACGAAGAAGGAAGCGGAGCGCUCAACCGUGGGGACGAGCCCAUUUUCACCACCGCGUUCGGAAGGAUGGCAUCCCUGACGCUAUCUGGGCCAGUCCCUCUUCCUGCUGGUGUGGCCACAGUUGCUCUGGUUCCAGCUCAGGUUUUGGUGACCUUUCAGGACGUAGCGAUCCACUUCAGUGAAGAAGAAUGGGCCCUUUUGGAUCCGGACCAAAGAGCUCUCUAUAUAGAUGUCAUGGUAGAGAACAACAUCAACUGGGCCUCUCUGGGUGGAUAUUUAUUUCCCAAGCUGACCCUCAUUUCCAGGCCUAAAGGCAUCAACAAUCUCUGUGUAAAGGACUCCAAGGAAAUGGAGAGCAUUUCAGGUGAUUCUAUGGCGAGUGAGACCAAGCAGAAGCCUCUUCAGCCAGAAGAUUACUCCUGCGAAGCCAACAAGACUUUAAUGAGAAGAUCCCAGAAUAAUGUUUGUUUUUCAAAAGAAGCUUGGAGCCGGGAUUGUCUCUCCCCAUCCUCUUUGUGUGAUAAAAGAAUGUUUGGUGAGGCUGAAGAUCCACUCCUCCAUUCCAAGCACCCGGGAACACGAGAGGAAUCUUUGGGAAGAGUAGAGCAGAAAGGUGAGGCCUCUGGAAGCCUCCUCAUAGAUGAAAGAGAAGAGGUGUGGACCAAUUCUGGGACGACUUACCGGUGGAAGUCGUUCCUCGUGCCACAGGAAACAAAACCUCCAAGGGAGAAGCUAUACAGGUGCCCGGUUUGCGGGAAGUGUUACAGCACCAGGCCCGUCCUGGCACGGCACCAGAGGACCCACACGGGCGAAAGGCCGUACCAGUGCUCUGAGUGCGGGAGGCGCUUCGCCCAGUGCAUCGACCUGAAGAACCACCAGAGGGUCCACACGGGCGAGAAGCCGUACGUGUGCUCCGAGUGCGGGAAGAGCUUCAAGCACCACUCCAGCUUGACGGCCCACGAGAAGAUCCACACAGGCAACAAGUCCUAUGCCUGCCUGGAGUGCCGGAGCAGCUUCAGCAACAGGUCGAGUUUCUCCAAGCAUCAGAUGACCCACUUGGCGGAGAAGGCAGGGCCUCCUCCGGGAGUAGGGGAAGUUUCAGGGAGCGGCGGAACCUUACAGGACAUCAGAGAAUCCACCUGAGGGAGAUGGGCUGGCCCGGCCGCCUCUGCUGUGAACUUAGGACGUUCCUGUCUUACGGGGGCAAGGGGAAGCUGUGGCCCUCAAUGUGUUAUUGAUUGUUGACUGUGCUCCACUGUGCUUGGUUCUACUCUGAAGUUCCAGAGCAGCAUUGAUCACUGCCAAAAGCAGGGCUUGACUGGGGUUUUUAUGGGGUUUCUGAACUUUUGCAUUAAAUACAUGAUGGUUUUG